AUGCUUCGGGUGUAUAUACAGCUUGUGAGGCCCCACACCUCUCUCUUCUCUUCUAGCUGCAACCCCUUUGCUGCUUUUGUUGCAGGACGUGCUUCAACAGCUUCCGUUGCUGCUGCUCCCGCUGCUGCUGCUGCUGCUGCUGCUGCUGCUUCAGAUCGCUCUGGGGCUCUGCCUAGGGUUUCCUUCUGCACACAGCAACAGCGCUCGCUGCUGCUGUGUCAGAGAGUGCAGCAGCAGCAACACCAGCUGCUGCAGCAGCACUUGCUGCAGCAGAAGCAGCAGCAACAGCUGCAGCAGAAGCAGCAGCAACAGCUGCAGCAACAAUACCUUCUGCUGCACACGCACACAAAAGGAAGGGCAGAUAAGGCAACCGACGCAGCUAACAACAGCAACAGCAGCAGCAGCAGCAGCAGCAGCAACGGCACUGACAAAAGCAGCAGCAGCACCCAGGGCAGCAGCAGCAGCAGCAGCAGCAGCAGCAGCACGGAGCCUUCUGCAGCGAAAAUGACACGACAGAGGAGGGUAUACGGAGAAACGCAGUCCAAGCAUCAGCAACCCUCCAGUCUAAAUUUUAUGAA